CCUUCCGCCACGGGCCAGAACUGGGAAAAGUACCAGAAGAAUUUCGCAGAUGAUGAGAUCGAGGAGAAGAAGAUCACACCUCUUUCCGAUGAAGAUAUCCAGGUUCUCAAGACAUACGGCGCUGCACCAUAUGGUGCCGCUCUCAAGAAAUUGGAACAACAAAUAAAGGAGAAGCAGCAGAGUGUUGACGAAAAGAUUGGUGUCAAGGAAUCGGACACAGGACUCGCGCCGCCACAUCUCUGGGAUGUAGCCGCCGACCGACAACGGAUGUUGGAGGAGCAGCCGCUUCAGGUAGCGCGGUGUACCAAGAUCAUCCAGGACGAAAAGGACGAGUCGAAGAGCAAAUAUGUCAUCAACGUCAAGCAGAUCGCCAAGUUUGUCGUACAGCUUGGCGAGCGCGUCAGUCCGACGGAUAUCGAGGAAGGAAUGCGUGUUGGUGUGGACAGGAACAAAUAUCAGAUCCUCCUACCUCUGCCCCCGAAGAUCGAUGCCAGCGUUACCAUGAUGACCGUUGAGGAGAAGCCUGAUGUAACCUACGGUGACGUGGGUGGUUGCAAGGAGCAAGUCGAGAAGCUUCGUGAGGUCGUCGAGAUGCCCCUCCUUUCUCCAGAGCGAUUCGUGAACCUCGGUAUCGACCCGCCAAAGGGCGCAUUGCUCUACGGACCUCCCGGAACGGGCAAGACGUUGUGCGCUCGAGCGGUUGCAAACAGGACAGAUGCCACCUUCAUCCGCGUCAUUGGAAGCGAGCUGGUACAGAAGUACGUCGGCGAGGGCGCCCGUAUGGUUAGGGAGUUGUUUGAGAUGGCAAGGACGAAAAAGGCAUGCAUUAUCUUCUUCGACGAAAUCGACGCUGUUGGUGGAGCACGGUUUGACGACGGUGCCGGUGGUGACAACGAAGUCCAGCGCACUAUGCUGGAGCUGAUUACCCAGCUCGAUGGUUUCGAUGCUCGUGGAAACAUCAAGGUCAUGUUUGCCACCAACAGACCUUCCACUCUAGACCCCGCCCUGAUGAGGCCUGGGCGUAUCGACCGCAAGAUUGAGUUUUCUCUGCCCGAUCUUGAGGGGCGUGCCAACAUUCUCAGGAUUCACGCCAAGAGCAUGUCGGUCGAGCGUGACAUCCGCUGGGAGCUUAUAUCGCGCCUUUGCCCCAACGCCACAGGUGCCGAGCUCAGAAGUGUGUGCACAGAGGCCGGUAUGUUUGCAAUCAGGGCCAGGAGGAAGGUGGCGACAGAGAAGGACUUCCUCAGCGCGGUUGAGAAGGUCAUCAAGGGCAACCUCAAGUUCAACUCCACUGCUUCAUACAUGCAGUACAACUAG